AUGCCUGCGUUCAAUCUCACCGCGUUGGAUCGCCAACUCUUGGCCAUGACCGACGAGGAAUUCGUCGACCACGACUGGGAAGAUCUUCAAGAUAUCAUCGCCCGGAAUGAUCUCGGCGCCCUCAAGCGGAAGCCUUCCGACCUACGCCGAUAUCUAGCGUGGAGUGCAGACACCAAAGCCCAAUAUGGGUCUAUCAUGAAUUACAUUUGCCAACAGCGACUCCAGUGGCAAAUGCCGUUGGAGACUGCCGAUCUGGCUAUGCAACGGCCCUUUGCCUUCAAGAACCCGCGACCCUUUGCCGAUCCCGAGGACUACAAGAUUCUCCGCAAUGACUGGCCGUACGGGUUGACGCCCGGCAUUUCGCAUUUGGUUGUGUGGUUGCGCACGCCCAUUCCGGUCAAAUCCGGGGAGGGCCAUCUGACGGAGGAGUCAAGGUUGUUGAUCGACACGUUUGUGAGGCGCACUUUUGUUGAUCGAUUGGCUCGGGAUCCGAGAAUUGCCUCGGAUGCGGCAUCACACGUGUUGUGGUUUAAGAAUUGGGUGGGCUUGCAGAGUGUCAGGGCGUUGGAACACGUUCACAUCCUAGUUCGAGAUGUGCCCGAGGAUAUCCUGUUGGAAUGGUCGGGAGAAGCAUGA